CGUUGCCUGGCGGGCGGCGCUGGCGGGAUGCGGCGGAGGGGAGGUGCUGGCGACCCCGGCGCCGCCGCCACCAGCCUGCCGCCGCUGGUGCGGGGCCCGCCGCGCUGCUUCCUGCGCUGCACCGUGCCCCGCGUGCAGUGGGCGGCCCCGCAGCCGCCCGCCGUGGUGCGCCUGCGGUGGUGGGGCGAGAGCUCCGGCGGCACCGUGCUGCAGCCCGCCGGGCGGGCCGGGCAGCCCGCGGGCAGGACCAGCGCCCGCUUCGCCGUGCGCUGCGGGCCGCGGCAGCUCGCCGCCUACCUGGCAGAUAUGGGUGUUCUUGUCCUGGAGGUUCUGACUAAACUGGACCACCUCCCCCUUGGCAGAGCACAGAUCACUGAACUGUCGCAGCUGUCUCCCAGCCAUCCCAUCAAAGGCUCGUUUGCUGUGCUGUCGCCCACAUCGGAAAAACUCGGGGAGCUGCAGGUCUCACUGGUUCUAGAGCCUCUGCCAGAGCUGUAUGACACCAGCAGCUCUGUGCCGACCACAGAAGGAGCUUCAGAUGCUGCUGCUGCUCAGGGAAGCAGCAGGCCCCAGCCUCCUGCUCCUUCCCAGCCCAGGCACACACAGGUGACUGCUGAACAGGAGCCUGUUGACAGCAGCAAAGCCACAACUCUCAGAGGAAAGGACCAUUUGCUCUACCAAGAGAACUCUGAAAACAUGCAGGACACCUUUUCUGCUCCUCAUGCCCAUGUGAUUUUACCAGAUGAACAUCUGAAGCUGAAUCCUUCAGAUCAGCUCCUGCCAUUUCCCAGCAGCACUGAUCCUGAAGCUCUUCCCAGAAGGAAGGCACAGGUGCUCUCCAUGCACAACCCAGCUCCAAAGGACCUGCUGUCAGCUCUCUUGGAUCAAGGCAGUAAACUCCGUGAUGCCAUGGUUCUUUCUGCAAUGAAGUCCAGCCCAGACAUGGAGAUGAAACUGAAUAAAAUGUCUCAUUUUAUAGACACAGAUGAUUUUAAAGCACCAACAAAGAGCCCAAAAGGCUUGAAGUCCAGUUUUGUGCCCACUCCUGAAGAUUCCCAUCACUUUGGGUCUGAAGUUUCAGGUCAGCAGUUUGGCCUAAACUCUGAAGAAAGAGCAAUCCAGUUACUGUUGGGCAGUGCUGAUUUCUCUGCGGGGCCCUGUUGGGAUCAGACAGGCUCCCUGUGGGAUUCUCUGUCCCUGGGCAGUGAGGUGUACGACAGUGAACUGGGUGAUCCUCAUUACGACCAGAGUCUGCUGGAGAGGCUUUUUUACACAGCUCCUAAAUCUGAUUCCAGUUUGAGUGAUUUCCUCAGUGAUGAUGAUGUUAAAUCCUCAAAAAAAGCAUCCAAGACAGAAAUCCUCGAAAAAGCAGGUCCAGUGAAUCCAGAAAAGGAUUUUCCUGCCUUUGAUCAGAAUGUGUCUGAAACAAAACCCAGCUGCUCUCCCAGUGCUCCUCGAGAAGACCCCAGGGAAAUGGCUCUUCUCACACCCUUGGGUGCAGGCAGGUUGGCAUUGCUGCAGCAGAUACACCUGGCCAGAGUCACCAUUGAAAGCCUGAGGAUCCCUCCUGAGAGCAUCCAGUUCUCCCCAAGGAGGAAAGGUUUACUGGGGAAGCCUCCACGGCCCAUGUCUGUUCAUAAGUGCACCUUCUUUGUGGAGUACCAGUUUCCUGUGAGAGUCUCCAAGGAUGAUAAAGGACAGGUCUCCAUAACAACAGAAGCAAUUCGAGUAGCCUCAAGUAAAAUCACAGAUGAUGUGGUGAAAUUCCAGCAGCGCUCUGUGUUCCCUGUGUGGUUCGGAGGAACGAUGAUCGAGCACUGGUGGGGCUCUGACCUGGCCUUUAAAAUCUACAUGAGAAAAAGCACACAGAAAAAGCCUGUGGCCAUUGGCUCAGCAGCCCUUCAGCUCCGCAGGGUGAUGGAGGCUGAGCUGCUCAGUGUCAGCUUGGAAAUACCUGUGGAAAAAGAGGGAGAUCACACACAAGUUGGGCCACUAAAGGUGUCCCUGCAGCUUGUGGCCAGCAGCAAGGACUCGGCGUGCUCAGCCAGAAGUGCCCAGCUGGGGCUGCAGGAGCCCAGCAGGACGAGUGCCAGUGCAGAAAGCCCUGUGUGCCCCAGAAGGAGCCCUGAGGAGUCCCAGGAAGCAGGAGGGGGCGGCAGGGACGUGGCGCAGCCGCCGCACACCGUGCUGGCCCCCGCAGCCCAGGACGUGGCCACACGCACAGCCCCAGCUCAGGAGCAUGGGCUGCUGCUGCACGUGCUGCUCAUGGUGCCUGAGGGAAGGGAUUUCACUGCUGGAGCCUGUGGGCUGCCCAGUUCCUGCAAUGUGUAUUUAAACUGCAAGCUGCUCAGCACUGAGGAGGCCACGAGGUCUGCUGUCGUCUGGGGCACAGCACAGCCUGCCUUUAAUUUUUCUCAGGUGAUGCCUUUUGCAUUGACUCCCAAACACUUGGAGCGGCUGAAGAACAAUGUGAUGAUUAUUGAAGCAUGGAACAAGCUGGGAAGCCCUGGCUGCGACAAGUUGCUGGGAUUAGUGAAACUCCCUCUGCAUCAGUUUUACAUCUCAUUCAAAGAUCCCAGGGUUUCCCAGCUGCUGCUGCAGGCCCAGUACCCAGUGGUGGCCGUGGAUGGCCACAUGCCCGUGGUCGAUGUUUUCACCGGCAGCACGAGCGGCAGCCUCAGGGUCAUCCUGGCCAUGGGCUCAGCUCAGCAGAUAGUGGCACUGCAAAGGCUCAAAACUGAAGAAGGAAUGGUGCCUCCAGUCACACAGCGUCCUCCCCACUCUCUGGACCAUCCACCAUCCACAAAACCCACAAUGCAGUUGGACCCAGAAGGGGAAGACGUGGUGGAGCACGUGUUUGAGAUCCACGUGGAGGGUGUGAAGGGACUCACUCCCUUACAGUCCACGGUCUGGGGAGAGGCUGACUGCUACGUCCAGUACCACUUCCCAGUUCAGGAGCCUGGCUGUGGGGCACUGCAGGGACCUGGAGGGCAUCAGGAUGGCAUCACAUUAAAGCCAUUUAGAACAGGCACCACUCUGUGUGUCCCUGAUCCCAUCUUUAAUGACGAACAUCAUCAUUCCCUGUUGGUUCCUGCUGAUGUCCCAGUCCAGAGGCUCCUGGUCAGUGCAUUUGUGGCACCAGGAGCAGCAGGUGGAGGAAUCCAGUUUGAAGUCUGGUGCAGGUAUUAUUACCCAAACAUCAGGGACCAGCUGGUGGCCAGAGGGGCCUUGCCUUUGUCCCGGCUCUGUGCCAUGGUGACUCUGCAGCACCGUGAAGAAAUAGGGAUACAAAUCUUUAAUCUUCCCUUGGUGCCCCGGGCUGAGCCCUCAGGGGAGUUUCAGCUGCACUCUGCAGGUCUGCUCGAUGUCAGUGUGAGGUACCACCGAUCAGUGAAACCAGCAGCCAGAAUAACUGCUCAAGCUGUUUCACUUUCUGUACAAAUACACAGGGCAGCUGGUUUGCAAGCAGCAGCCAGGGCUGUGGCACAGCAGCACCCCUGUGUGCAGCCCUCUGCAGGGGUGGGGGUGAACGCCUACGUGCGCGUGCUGCCGUCCUUCCUGCCCCGCGCGCGGGCGCGCCGCACGCCCGCCGUGCCCUGCACCUUCUGCCCCGAGUUCCAGCAGCACCUCCAGUUCCUCUGUCAGCUCACCACUCGCAAAAGCAGCGGCCAGGCCUCUUCUCUGGGGGAGCUCCUGCAGUCUGCCAGUAUUCUUUUCUCCAUCUACCAUCAGAGCACUAAGUCAGCCACUGACAAACUGGCUGAUAGAACAUCUAGAGAUUAUCUUCUUGGGACAGUCAGGAUUCCAACCAGAGAACUGCUGACAAGAAGAUCAGGUGUUUCGGGCUGGUACCCAGUGACCCUCUCCGAAGAUGCGACGCCUCCGCGCUGCUCGGGCCCCGCGCCAGCCAUCGUGGGAGGGCUGGAGCUCUCUGUUGCCUUUGGCCAUCAGGGGGACAGGGAGCGUGUUCUGGAGGCUGCCAGGCUCCUGGGCUGGAGCAGCGAGGAGGUGCAGGACAGCGAGGACGAGGGCGCUGGCUGGGGGCAGGGCGGCAGCCCGGUGGCUGUCACCAUCUCCACGCCCAGGCUGUGGCUGCCGCUGCACUGCGUGCUGCUGGCAGGGCAGACCCAGCUGCACAGCAGCACUCACUGCUACCUCAGGUACAAGCUGUACAAGCAGCACGCCACCUGCACCUGGCUGAAGCGGCCGAGGCUGAGCGACGACGCGCAGAGCGUCACGGUGAACUUCAGGAAGCCCAGCAAGGUGACACUCAGGAGGAGCCAGGGACUGCUGUGGUUCCUCAGAGAGGAGAAGUUAGAGAUCCAGGUGUGGUGGGCGUAUGGCAAGGAGAGUGAGGUGGAAAGACCUCUUGAUACAGAUCGUCUCAUUGGAUCUGCCUACGUCGAGCUGGCAGCGUUAGCAGAGAGAUCGCGGGAAGCCCUGAGUGUUAGUGGUGUUUAUCCGCUGUUCAGGUGCAAUGCUGCAGACCUGGCAGGAGCCGCCGUGCGCGUUCACGUCAGCCUUGCUCCCCCUCCUGCUGCUCUGCCCAGAGCCCCCUGUGCUGAGGAGUGCAGCAGCAGCGAGGAUGAAGGCCCAGGGGAAACCCCUGCUCUGAGCCAGCAGGUCUCUGACAAGCAGCAGGUGGAGACUGGGAGCUCAGGGAUCACCACUGCUGAGCCACAGGAAGAAGAUGUGAUGUUUCUGGAAAACACAGUUGCUGUCAACAUCCUUGUGGAAAGAGCAAUGCAUCUAAGUUUAAAAGGAAGCCCCUUGACAGAACGAGAAGUAGCAGCUCCCAGUAGCUGUGUAUCAUUUGCUGUUGCUGGUGCAGAUGCUCCAGUAACCACUCCAGUGAUAGAAAAUACAGACUCACCAGUCUGGGACUUCCAGCAGCAAGCAAGAUUAUCCAAAGAGCUUCUCCUGGAUCCACAGCAAACCUUGGUCUUCAAAGUGUGGCAUAAAGCAGAGUCGGAGCGGGUGAUCGGAUUUGCGUCCGUGGACCUUUCUCCGCUGCUGUCUGGCUUCCAGCUGGUGUGUGGCUGGUACAACAUCAGCGACUUCAGCGGCCAGUGCCGGGGGCAGAUGAAGGUGGCCGUGUCCCCGCUGCAGAGCAUCGGCCACCUCCGAGGGGAGCGGCGGGCGCGGGCCCGCAGCCAGCCAGAGCGCUCCUCGGUGCGUCCUGCCUCCCCUCCCGUCUCCCCUGUGAAGGUCAGCUUUCCAGCAUGUCCUAGUGAUUCUGCAAACUUGUCCAAGCAGAUGUUGAAUUCUUCGUCAAAGGAAGUCAGCGUUCCUGCUCUAGAGCAGAGGAGCCCCCCUGGUGUGCCCAGGGCUCGGCACGAGGAGCACGUGCAGAACGUGCGCAGGUUCCACGAGUCGCUGCAGCAGGCGGGGAGCGCGCGGCGGGCAGCGGGGCUGGAGCCAGCACCAGGGGCUGGGCUGCUCUCUGCUCUCAGAAAAAACUUGAGCGAGCUGGAUGAGGUUCAAAGAUACUUCAGUGAGAAGCUGACUAGGUCUUUCCCUGACUUCAGCACAUCCAAACCAAGCCAUGAGGAGUGGGAGAGUGACCAUCAGGGCUCAAUGAGCAGAGAAGUGCAUCCCAAGGGUUGCCAUCUUUUGGAAAAAUCCAGUCAGUUGGUGUCUCAGGUCAGCAGCCUAAUCAAUGACUUGCAGACUAUAACUAAAAGCAGCAAAGAAGCUUCUGAUGUACAUCAGGACAGCAUGAGGAAGCAGGGUGCUGUGGAUGUGGCCAGGUGGAAGGAGGAAGGAGCCAGCCCUGGAGGUGCUGGUCAGCUGGAGCCGGACGCGCAGCAGCCGUGCAGCACCGGGACAUCUGUGUUUGACAGACACAUGCUGCACCAGCUGCUGGGCCCCCUUGUCCCUGAAGGUGAGCAUCCAGUGGGUUGUAGCCACGAAGGUGCCAUUGCCAUCCAGCCACACAGUGAGGAAGAAUACGAGGAAGACGUUAUAGAACCACGAACUCUUAAUGAAAUAACGACCGUGACAGACAGGACCAGCCCCUGGUCCAGUGUGGUCUCUGAAACAGGGCAGGGGGCCGAGCAGCAUCCUCUGGACCCCAGGCCUGAAGAGCAGCAUUCCACAGAUGCUGGUUGCUUCCAGAGAGGGAACAGCAGCACCUUGUCCAGCAUCCUGCAAGGGGACAGCCAGAGCGUGCUCAGCGCCCUGAGCCCACCCACGAGCCCCCACACAGGUGGGAACAGUCCCUGGGCAGCAGCAGGAGACUUCCAGACCUUCAGCAGCAGCACGGGAACAGCAGAGAAGGAGCUGCAUCCACCUGCUGGACAGAGCCUCUGGAACAGAGCACUGAGCACUGAACCCAUCAAGAGAAGUGUCGAGUUCCAUCCAGGCUCCGAGGAGCUGCUGCCAUUCCCAGGAGACAGGGGUUUGACCAAUGGGAAAACCACUGAGAGAGGGGAGGAGGAAAAUGCUGAGGUUGUAAAUGGAGAUCAUCAAAACAAAGAAGGAAGUGGUUCUGAUGAGAACUGUGUUGAGAGUGUAUCAGCCCAAGCUGGCUCAGAAAGAAACAGUGAGAGCUUCCCUGAUGACAGCAGUGAAGACCCAGUGGAAGGCUCAGAAAACUCCAUCAAAUCAAAAAUGCCUCUAUCUGAUCCUGUUGUUGUUCCCAACUUCUUCCUUCCACCCCAGGAGAUGGAAGCCUCCAUGAGUCUGCUCAGCACUUCUUCUUAUCCUUCCACAUCUCCAGAAAGCAGGAGUGGAGCCGUGCUGGGAGGAAUCCCCUACCGCAGAGCAAACCGCCCCAGGCCCAGCCCCGAGCUCUCGGAAGAGGAGACCAGAAGAAUCGCCAGGAUCUUCUCUGCCCAGCUCUCCAAGAGGGAAUAGUGCUGGCCAGAGGCUGUGCACAGCAGAGCUUCCUAAGCCAUGGCUGCAUGGCAAGGGCUGAGCCCUCCAGCCAAGGGGAGGUGGAAUCCACGGCUCCCAGGCUCUGUUUUUGUUUGGCCUCAUUGGUGACUUGAAGUCCUCUCUUUAGAAGGGCUUAGAGCCUGUGGUCACCCACAGGGAGCUGUGUCUUGUGGGGGCAGGCCCCCAGUGAGAUGCACCCCUGUGAGUAACCCAUGGCCUGUUACCUGCUCUCCAAGUAGUCCAGUCUUAGGAUUUAUCCCUGUGAAAUGGCCCUUUCAAAAAUAAUUGGUGGGCAACACAAUUCUCUGUUUCCACAGGUGCCCAAAGUGCUUGUGUAAACACAGGCCAAGGCACUGUAAAAUCUGGUGGGUGUACCAAAGAGGGUGACUAGAAAGAUGAGACUUUUAUAUUUAUAUUUAAAUUAUUUUUGUACACCUUUCAGAGAACAGACUUUGAUGCCAGCAGAGCUCAGUUAUUUUUGUACUACUCUCUCCCGAGUUUGUUUCAAUAAAAUUCCCCUGGUUUCUAGUCA